UCCUUCAGUGCUCAUAUUCAUAUUCACAUUCAUUCAAAUCGAUGGCUCUCUACUCAAACUCUUUCUUCGCUCCUUCGCUUUUCCACCGUCCCAGCGCCUCACACGUUUCGCGUCGAAGUUUUUGUCCCAAUGCUUCGUUAAGCGCUUCUUCUCCUGAACCGCAAAGUGUUUCUUCUGCAACUUCCACAGCCACUGCGCCUUCUUCAUCCCCUGACCCUGCCUUCAACUAUGCGCUCGCCAACCCCAACGGUAACCCGCUCGUUAGGGUUUUUCGAGCCACCGAGUCUUCCAUUGAAAGGGUCAUUUUCGACUUCCGCUUCUUGGCAUUACUUGCUGUUGGAGGUUCCUUGGCAGGGUCACUAUUGUGCUUUCUAAAUGGUUGUAUUUAUAUUGUUGACGCAUAUAAAGUCUAUUGGACAAGCUGUGUCAAAGGAGUUCACACCGGACAGAUGGUUCUGCGUCUUGUUGAAGCAAUUGAUGUUUAUCUUGCUGGUACAGUUAUGCUGAUUUUUGGUAUGGGCUUAUAUGGAUUGUUCAUAAGCAAUGUACCUCCUGAUGUUCCACCUUCUGUUGACCGUGCUCUUAAAGGAUCCUCUUUGUUUGGAAUGUUUGCUAUGAAGGAGAGGCCCAAAUGGAUGAAAAUAUGCUCACUUGAUGAAUUGAAGACAAAGGUGGGACAUGUUAUUGUGAUGAUUCUUCUGGUAAAGAUGUUUGAGAGGAGCAAAAUGGUUACCAUUGCCACAGGAUUGGAUUUACUAAGUUAUUCAGUUUGUAUUUUCUUAUCAUCUGCAUCUUUGUAUAUCCUCCAUAACCUACAUAAGUCAGACUAGAAUGUAAUUGACCUUGUAAUAUACUCACUUAAGGGAUAGCAGGGAAUCAAAUUCUAAUUGAUUUGGUGCCUGAUUUUAGUUAUAUAGAAAAUAGAAAUUAUAGCAUGUUAAUUAUAAUAUUCAAUAGUUGUUAUAUUUUGGAA